UUAACCGCGCACGCGCCACGAGCGUCUUUUUCCCGCGCUUUUGUCGCGCCAAUUUCAAAUAAAAAAAAACUCGUGCUUUUUUUUUAAUAAAGCAUGUAGGUUUUAUUAUUGUGUAAUUUUGGAUAAAGAGAUGGAGUGUACAGAGUUUGUAAACUGUGUCAGUGAGUGCUGUGUUAUCAGUAGACGAAAGAAAUUCAGUUGGGAGAGCAUAUAUGCGGGUCUUGUAAUAUGUUUAGUGCCAUCAGUAGUAUGUAGUUCAGAUUGGUCCCGACAUCUCUCCUACGACUCAAUCUACAACAACACAGACUACGUCCAAAUACACCACCAACCGCGGCCAUUCACCUUACCAAACUACAACCUUACUAAUACAGUCCCCAGGCCCUUUAGUUCUAGUGAUAGAGACUCUUAUUUAGAUACCAAAGAUAAUGAGUUAGAGUAUGAGGAGUUUGCAGGUAGUCAAAACAAGCAUCAGCUAUUGGUCGGGUUUGCUAGAGACCCUUUUAGGACUUCUGUGCCUGAGGAGGACUAUUUGAAGGGAGUUAGGCAUGUCCAACCCCAGCCAUUCGUCAACAAAGGCGAAAAUCGGGGGAAGCGCGGAGUGGUGCAUCUGGCCAACAUGAUGUACUGCGCGACAGGCUGCGAUCCACUGUCUUACAAAGGAUAUGGGUGCUACUGCGGGUUCCUCGGGGAGGGGAGGCCUACAGAUGGGAUUGACAACUGCUGCAGAAUGCACGACCGCUGCUACGAGAACAUCUACUGUCCCUUCUUCACGGUCUACUUCCAGCCGUACUACUGGAAGUGCUACCACGGCGAGCCGCUCUGCGCGCUGGAGAACUACAAGACCCAACACCAGUUCAUCAACGGCUGCGCUGCGAGGUCUUGCGAGUGUGAUCGGCAGUUUGCCAUGUGUAUUAGACGGUACCCAUGUCCGAGGAGACGGGCUCUGUGCAGGUCCUCUCCUUUAAGACUGCUGCAGAAUUUGCUGAUGUUCCGAUGAAGGCAGGCAAGGCAGGCAGGCA